GAUGCAGAUGUUGUGUAAAUCUGAUGUACAACAAGGAAAAACUAUAAAAUUACAUUUCCAGCCACCAAUCUGUUGCAAACAUAUCAAAUUGCACAAAACACGAAAAAUUAUUAAAAAAUACACAAGCUGUCAUUUUAUUUGACCGAAGAGCCGCACUUUGUCUAGCCGGCUGAUUGGUGAAUGGGAUUUCAUGUGUACGUUUUUUUCCAAAGCGAAACGAAGCAGGAAAGUUACGUCUGCUCGCGCCCGUCUAUUGCUUUAAUUGUUGAGUGAAAGUGAUUAACGUUAACGGUAUGCAUUCGCUGUUGAAAAAAUGUUUUGCCAGUGGGGCAACCACACAUGGCUUCUAUCAAUUUCGCACCGUUGCCACCAAACCACGAACGGCUGUGGUUAUGCUUAAUAUGGGUGGGCCACAAAACACGGACCAGGUACAUGAUUACCUGCACCGCAUCAUGACCGAUCGUGAUAUGAUCCAACUACCGGUACAAAGCAAACUUGGUCCAUGGAUUGCGAAGCGCCGUACACCUGAAGUGCAGAAAAAAUAUUCCGAAAUUGGCGGCGGUUCACCGAUUCUAAAGUGGACCAAUGUGCAGGGCGAACUGAUGUGUAAACAGCUGGAUAAACUUUCACCGGAAACUGCACCGCACAAGCAUUACGUGGCCUUUCGAUAUGUGAACCCACUGACGGAGGAUACAUUUCGUGAAGUGGAACGUGACCAGCCCGAGCGGGUGGUUUUGUUUUCUCAGUAUCCACAGUACAGCUGUGCCACAUCCGGAUCCAGUUUUAAUGCCAUCUUCACACACUUCAAGGGUAACUCUCUGAACGGACUAGAAAAGGCUCGCUGGAGUGUUAUCGAUCGAUGGGGAACACAUCCGCUGCUGGCCAAAACGUUUGCCGACAACAUUCGCAAAGAGUUGGAGAAGUUUCCUGCCGACAAGCGGAAGGACGUAGUUUUGCUUUUCUCUGCACACUCGCUGCCUCUACGAGCGGUUAACCGUGGCGAUGCGUAUCCCUCCGAAGUUGGCGCUACUGUUCAGAAUGUCAUGCAAGAGCUUGCCUGGUCCCAACCAUACUGUCUAGUGUGGCAGUCUAAGGUAGGACCGCUGCCCUGGCUGGAACCAUUCACGGAGGAUGCCAUCAAGGGUUAUGUGAAGCAGGGUAAGAAAAAUUUCAUCCUUAUACCGAUCGCAUUCGUUAACGAGCACAUCGAAACGCUGCAUGAGCUGGACAUUGAGUACUGCCAAGAGCUGGCACAUGAGGUUGGCGCGGAAAAGAUUGGUCGAGCGGCCGCUCCGAAUGAUCAUCCACUGUUUAUAGAUGCCCUCACGGACGUAGUACGGCAGCAUUUAUCAAACGGUUCCACCGUUGGGCCAAAGUUCUUGCUACGAUGCCCGGCAUGCGUUAAUCAGAAGUGCUCGGUGAGCAAGCAGUGGUACAACGAAUUGUGCAAUUAAAUUAGCAAACAUUUCGGUUAGCUGAUAAUGGGUGCUGGAGGGUUUAAAAAAUAAAAAUAAGCAACAAACAACAAAACUCUCGCCGCAAAA